AUGUCCAUCUCGCCGCCGCCGCUUGCAGCCAAUCAUGAGGCGCCACGUCAGCUCCCAGCCGCCUCCACCGUGCCUCCUCUCUCCUCCCGCCGCCGCGGCCCGCCCGGGACCGGGGCUGGCCCGCCAGGCCCAUCGGGGCCCGAGGCGCCCAGAUCCGCGCCGCCAACGCUCGCCUCCCGAGCUCCCUCGCCGCCUCCGCCGCCCCGGCGAUGCUCCGCCCCGCCGCCUCUUCACGCCACCCGCCGGGCCCGUCGCCUACUCCGGCGCCGGCCGCCGCCGUCGGCCGCGGCCCCGCUCCCGCCAUCCGCGCCCUCGCCGGCGCGCCUGUGCUCCGCCGCCCGCGCCUCCCCGCGCUCGCCGGCCAGAGUCACGCCGUCCCCGCGCCGCCCGACCUUCCCGCCGCCGUGCGCCACCGCCCGGUCCUCGCCGCCCCUCGCCGGCCCCGCCGCCUCCACGUCACGGCCGCGCCUCCCCGUUGUCCCCGUUCUCAGCUCCGGCGACGAGCCCCGAGCCCGAUCUGGACGAGCCCCGCAUUGA